UUUGGUCACGUGAGAAGUAGAUAAGAGGGCGGGUGGUCAAACAUGGCCGCCGAGGCAGAAGAAGUAAACACAACUGUCGAGGUUGUUUAUACUGAACAGCAGGCAGAAAUAAACAACGUUUGUGAACCUGCCACCGGCGAUGAUGUCGGCGACAGUGACGAACGGGGUCAGACGGUGAGUUCGCCUGUCGCGGCAGUAGAGAACCCCUGGACCGCUCCCCUCCUGUCUCUGGCUCGUAAGGCCACGGAAACGAUUAGCAGCGGGAUGAGCUACGCUUCAGCCCCGAGGCUCCCCUCGCAGGGCUCAGCUGGCAACUCUCCGACGGAAAAGGAGCCAGAGAAUGGGCUCCUUGGUACUGGUAAAAGACUCCCGGUACUGCCUCCCAAAGACCCCAUGGCCAUAGAAAGGUCCAACCUGCUCAGCAUGAUGAAGCUGAGUAUUAAAGUGCUAAUCCAGUCCUCUAUGAGUCUGGGCAGGACACUGGACUCAGAUUAUCCUCCUCUGCAACAGUUCUUUGUUGUACUGGAACACUGCCUCAAACAUGGUUUGAAAGCCAAAAAGACUUUCAUUGGUCAGAACAAGUCCAUAUGGGCUCCGCUGGAGCUGGUUGAGAAGUUGUGCCCGGAGUCCAUCGACAUUGCCACAAGUGCCAGAGACCUGCCUGGGAUCAAGACUGGUUUAGGUAGAGCCAGAGCUUGGCUGCAUCUAGCGCUGAUGCAGAAGAAAGUGGCAGACUAUAUGAAAGCUAUGCUGGACCGGAAGGAUCUCCUGAGUGAGUUUUAUGACUCUGGAGCAUUGAUGCUGGAGGAGGAGGGGGCUGUGAUGGGUGGGCUGUUGGUUGGCCUCAAUGUAAUUGAUGCAAAUCUCUGCAUUAAAGGAGAGGAUCUUGAUUCCCAGGUUGGAGUCAUUGACUUCUCUCUUUACCUGAAAGAUCCUGCCCACAAUGAGGCACAGAAAGACAAUGCAAAGAUGACUGCCAUACUAGACCAAAAGCACUACAUUGAGGAGCUGAAUCGUCACCUAAGUGGAACAGUCACUGACCUUCAGGCAAAGAUGGAGUCUCUAGAGAAGACCAACAGCAAACUUGUGGAAGAGCUAACAGCUGCAACGGACAGAAUAAACUCCCUGCAGGACGAACAGGAAGAGCUAAGAAAGGAAAACGAAUGCAUCCUGCAGUCCAGCCAGAAAAAGGAGGAGGCAGCCCUUCAGGACAGCCAGGUGGAGUUGGAGACGUACAAACAGAGCCGACAAGGACUGGAUGAGAUGUACAAUGUGGUGUGGACGCAGUACAAAGAGGAAAAGAACAUUCGCCAGGAGCUGGAGCGAGAGUUGGAGCUGCAGGUGGGCUUGAAGCAGGAGAUGGAGAUGGCCAUGAAGUUGUUGGAGAAGGACACCUACGAGAAACAGGACACACUGGCAGCCCUGCGUCUCCAGCUGGACCAAGUCAAGACGCUUAACCUCCAGAUGUUCCAUAAAGCUCAGGACUUUGAAUGUGAAGCAGAAAAGAAGCAGGCCGAGGCUGUGCAGCUGGAGCUGAAGAUGAAUGAAAUGGAGAAAGUGAUGAAGAAUUUAGAGCAGAGACUGCAGAAUUCAGAGCAGGCUUGUCAACAAAGUGAUCAGUCAGAUCAAGUGAUGCGAGUGCAGCUGGAAGGGAAAGUGGAUGCGCUGCAGAAACAACUGGCUGACCUGGACACGCUGAGACUAGGUUUGGAGAAGGAGCUACGCAGUGAAAAGGAGCAGAGACAAAGUCUGCAGAAAGCUCUUCAGAGAGAACAGGACAACAGCAUGGAGCUCCGCACACAACUGCAACAACUGCAGGGUCUGAACACGGAGCUGCAUGAGUUGAAGCAGGAGAAGCAGCAGCUGCAGCAGACGUGUGAGCAACAGGAGCAGGCACUACAGGAGAUGGGACUGCACCUCAGCCAGUCAAAACUCAAGAUGGAGGACUUUAAAGAGGUCAACAAAGCCCUGAAGGGCCACGCGUGGCUAAAGGACGAUGAAGCCACAGAGUGUAAACAAUGCCAGAAAGAGUUUUCCAUUGCCCGCCGAAAGCACCACUGCAGAAACUGCGGUGACAUCUACUGCAACAACUGCUCCAGCAAUGAACUGGCGUUACCUUCAUACCCCCGACCCGUGCGUGUGUGCGACGUGUGCCACUCCUUCCUGCUACAGCGAAGCUCGUCCACAGGAUCCUGACCUAACACUAUAAAGCCCAGAUGUCUGUACUGUACUAACACACACGGCGCAUGCUCAUCUGCUGUCAUUUAAAAUUACUAAUUUAAAAAGCACCAACUCUGGGCUUGGACUGUUUGAAUUUGAAAUGCUACAUGCAAUUCAGGAACAUUUAUCUGUUUGUGUUAAACAUGGGGCCAUGGUUAACGCUGUAUCAGGUCAUGUGGGAUUUUUUUAAAUUAAUCUUUAUAGUUGGAAUUAUAUCAGUCUCCCUCAAUCAAUUUCUAAGUUUUUAUUAGGUUCUGACGUUUCCUCGCCCUGUUUUCUAGAACUUUCCUAUCGUCUAACUAUAACAUCAUCCACUGGUCUUCACAGCAUCCAUCCCACUGCUGGAUCCAUGCAAGUUAGUUUUAUGUAAAUGACUAUAGAAUGUUAACAAAUGCAAACUAUUUUAGAUUGUACAAUAACAAGGGUUUCUCAAAUGUAUCAACUGCAAUUUGCUUAUUUUGAAUAAUGAUCAUUUUUAAAUCAUAUUUGAUAAAAUUAUUAAAGUCCUGCUGUUUGCA